CACACGUGCGCUCUUCGGCUCCGGAGCGGCUGCUCUUGCUCCCAGGCGUCGCCGUGGAAGGACAGGCCGACCCGCUCCUCCUUUGACGCUAUAAAUUACCGCCUCGGCGCCCCGCGCAGCCCGGCAGGAGCCCCCGAGUCAGGUCGGCAGCUGCCAGCCCCGGACCUUCGCAUCUCUUCCCUUUGGGCCGGAGGAGCCGAGUUCAGAUACGCCACUUCGCACCUGAGACUGAUACACAGAACUCAGUUUCGUCCUCUUAAAUUUGUUUCUGUUUAUUCGUCCCUCUUCCUCCCUCCCUCUCCCAUCUUGUCGCUCCAAGAAAAAAAAAAUUCUUAUUAGCCACCCCCCCCAAACUCACAGCUUUCCCCUGGCCAUCCAUACUCAUAUUUCCACCCGGAGAACGAGUUGCAUUUUUUAAAAAAGGAAUUCCAGCAAGAAAUAUUUUUCUCGAUUGGGAACUGACUCUCGGUUGUUUGCAAAAGUUUCGCAUUAAAAAAAAAACCCCAAACCUAAAAACCUUGAUCUAUACGUUGAGACGUGUGGGUUUCUAGCUUUUUUUGUUUGCCUUAUUUUUUUUCCUCUUUUUAAACGUUUUUUUUUUUCACCUUUAAAAAAAUGCACUACUGUGUGCUGAGCGCCUUUCUGACCCUGCAUCUGGUCUCGGUGGCGCUUAGUCUGUCUACCUGCAGCACGCUGGAUAUGGACCAGUUCAUGCGCAAGAGAAUCGAGGCGAUUCGCGGGCAGAUCUUGAGCAAGCUGAAGCUCACCAGCCCCCCUGAAGACUACCCCGAGCCCGACGAAGUGCCCCUGGAGGUGAUUUCCAUCUACAACAGCACGAGGGACUUGCUCCAGGAGAAAGCGAGCCGGCGAGCCGCCGCCUGCGAGCGUGAGAGGAGCGACGAGGAGUAUUAUGCCAAGGAGGUUUACAAGAUCGACAUGCCUCCCUUCUUCCCCUCGGAAACUGUCUGCCCAGUUGUUACAACACCCUCUGGCUCAGUGGGCAGCUUGUGCUCCAGACAGUCCCAGGUGCUCUGUGGGUACCUCGAUGCCAUCCCGCCUACGUUCUACAGACCCUACUUCAGAAUUGUACGAUUUGAUGUCUCAGCGAUGGAGAAGAAUGCUUCCAAUUUGGUGAAAGCCGAGUUCAGAGUCUUCCGUUUGCAGAAUCCCAAAGCCAGAGUGCCUGAACAACGGAUAGAGCUGUAUCAGAUUCUGAAAUCCAAAGAUCUAACAUCCCCAACUCAGCGCUACAUCGACAGCAAAGUGGUGAAAACCAGAGCUGAAGGCGAAUGGCUCUCCUUUGAUGUAACCGAGGCUGUGCACGAAUGGCUUCACCAUAAAGACAGGAACUUGGGAUUUAAAAUAAGUUUGCACUGUCCAUGCUGUACCUUUGUACCAUCCAACAAUUACAUCAUCCCAAAUAAAAGUGAAGAACUAGAAGCAAGAUUUGCAGGUAUUGAUGGCACCUCCACAUAUACCAGUGGUGAUCAGAAAACUAUAAAGUCCACUAGGAAAAAAACCAGUGGGAAGACCCCCCAUCUCCUGCUAAUGUUAUUGCCCUCCUACAGACUUGAGGCUCAACAGUCCAACCGACGGAAGAAGCGCGCCCUGGAUGCUGCCUACUGCUUUAGUAAUGUGCAGGAUAAUUGCUGCCUACGUCCACUUUACAUUGAUUUCAAGAGGGAUCUUGGGUGGAAGUGGAUCCACGAGCCUAAAGGGUACAAUGCUAACUUCUGUGCUGGUGCGUGCCCCUAUUUGUGGAGUUCAGACACUCAGCACAGUAGGGUUCUUGGCUUAUAUAACAGCAUAAAUCCAGAAGCAUCUGCUUCUCCUUGCUGUGUGUCCCAGGAUUUAGAACCACUCACAAUUCUCUACUAUGUUGGCAAAACCCCCAAGAUUGAGCAACUCUCUAACAUGAUCGUGAAGUCGUGCAAAUGCAGCUAAAAUUCUUGGAAGAGUGUCCAGAUGAGAAUGACAAUGACGACGAUGAAAACAAUGACAGUGUCGGUGUUGGAUCAAGGAGACAUAAGAGAGCCUCGACUCAUCAGUGUCACAAAAUGGUUUUUAAUAGAAAAAGCGGUACUAGUUCAAACAUGUUGGAAGUUUGUGUUCUGUUUGUUAAAACUGGCAUCUGAAACAACCACAACAAAGGGGAAGGCCUUAUUCUACGCUUCACCUACUCUGUAAGCGAGAGAGACAAGAAGCAAAACCUUUUGCUUUUUUAAGAAAAAAUAAAUAAACACUGGAAGAAUUUGUUAGUGUUAAUUAUGUGAAAGAAAGCAAACAAACAAAAACCACGGAAAAUCCCAUUAAGUGGAGUUGCUGUACGCACCGAUCCUUUCCCACGCCUCACUUGACUGUUCUGUAUUGCUAUGCAAUAGGCACCCUUCCUGUUCUUACUCUUAGAGUUCACAGUGAGUUAUUUAUUGUGCGUUACUAUAUAUAAUGAACAUUUCAUUACCCUUGGAAAAUAAAACAGGUGUAUAAAGUGGAGACCAAAUGCGUUGCCAGAAACUCAUGGAUGGCUUAAGGAACUUGAACUCAAAUACGCCAGAAAAAAAAAAGAGGUCACACACAUUAAUGGAAUAAAAAACCAAGUGAGUUAUUGUAUGACCAAGCAAGUCUGCAUUAUGAUAAAGACCCUGAAAAUACAUAUGAUGUACCAUCUGCCUAAGGAAACAUCUUGUAAGGUUCAAAAACUGAAAAGCCUGUUAAUAAAGGAAACUUUCAAUGAGAA